AUGGAUACUAACAGUGACAACCUUGCUGAACAACUCUACUUGGCUAGUGAGAAUGGCUGUGACCAAGAAAGAGCAGAAUGGAUACACUCCACUAACAUUAGCAUCCAUAUCCUAAGUUCAGAACUACUGAUUAAGUUUGGAGCCAUUGUAGCUGCUGCAGCUACGUUUGGUUCGACCCCCUUACACGAGGCAUGUGUACACAACAGGAAGGCCACUGCUAAGCUGUUACUGGAGCACUACUGUCCUACAGAUAUCAAGACCAGUGUUGGACGGACUGCUGCUGAUUGGGCCGUACAGUGUGGGCACUAUGCCUUGGCUGACUAUGUGGAGGCGUUCCGGCCUGGACCUAGAGACCCUCUGUCCUCGUACCCAACUCUGGAACAGCUGAGUCAGCUGGAAUGUGACCAAUGGCUUCAACUUGGUGUUCAUUUGAGAUUGGGCAAUGACCAACUGGAAACCAUAAAGAAGAGCCAACAUCCCACAGCAGCAACUCUCCAGGCAGCCAAAAUCAAGAAUAUUGACAUCCAGUGGAAGGAUAUUGUGGAAGCUCUAGUGAGCAUUGGAGAGUACAAGUUGGCAGAGAGUGUGUGCAUUCAGCAAGGGGAAGGUGAGAAUAUUUUGUCAGCGAGUGUAUUCUAUGGCUGGCUGGACUGGGUCAAGCGUCUUGUGAAAACUGUGGACUUCAAUCCAAAAGGCAAUGUUGACAAGGCUGGUGAUACUCCAUUUGCUCUGAGCUACAAAGGUGGACAUUUGGAGACAAUCAAAUAUCUUGCCCAAGAACAUCAGUGUGACCCAAAAUUUGCAGUGAAUGAAACUGGAGACACUCCUCUCUCCAUUGAGUGUUCCCGUGGUAACCUGGAGAUGGUCAAGGCUCUCAUAAACAAGCAUGUUGAUCCAAAGAAGCCAGUCAACAAGGCUGGUGACACCCCACUCUCUCUGGCCUAUAAAGGUGGACACUGGGAAGUGGUUAAAUAUCUCGCCAUCACUCAUCACUGUGAUACUAAAAGUGUGUUCUUACUAUCAGUAAAACACAAUCAAAUAUCCGGAGUGGAAUGUCUACUAAAAGAAUGCCACAGUGAUCCGAAUGUGACCGACAACGAAGGCAAGAAACCUCUCAAUAUGACUAACAACUCUGAGAUUAUUAAGCUACUCUUGAAACACGGAGCCAAGGCUGCUAAUGUCUACAAGGAACACAGCAAACUCAUCGGAAAGCUCUCCUCUGAGCGACCCCCACACCUUCCUCUGUUCGUGCUCAUCAUCGGUGAUGGUGGCGUUGGGAAAAGCACUCUGUUGAAGUCCAUUCUGAGCUCAAAAGGGUUUUGGUCUAAACUACGGAAGGCAAGACCAGUAGAUGACGUCGAUGCGAGGACAGUUGGGAUCAUACCGUACGAAAUAUACACCAAAGAGUUUGGGAGAAUCAUCUACUUUGAUUUUGCUGGCCAGAAAGAGUUUUACACCAGCCACUGUGCCAUUCUGGAGAAUGCUGUUCAAACCUCACCACCUAUCAUUAUCCUCUGUGCUAAGCUUGUAGAAAGUGAGCAGGCGAUUAUUGAUUCCACAUAUCGUUGGUUGACCCUCGUCCAAAACCAGUGCACCAAUCUGAAAGGCAAAGCACACAUGAUAGUAGUUGGUAGCCAUGCUGACCAGGUGAAGGAAAUGGGAGAAGAUCUACAAGCAAAAGAGAGCAUCUUUGCCCCCAUUAUCAAGCAAUUCCCAAAGUUUGAGUUCACAGAGUUCAUUCCAAUGGAUUGUCGCUUUGCUGAUUCGAUUGAUAUGACAAAAGCAAGAAAACAGAUUCAGAAAAGCUCCGCUAUUCUCCGCUCUCCAGAAACUAUCAGCCUAAAUGCUCACACCUUUUACAUUUAUCUUGCCGAAAGCUUUAAAGACGACCUUGCUUUGUCUUUGAGAAAUGUCUACGAAAGAAUUAAGAGCGAUCUUAACGAGGGUCUGUCAAAACGCACCCAAGAUAUUCUUUCUUUCAUACCCAGCACUGUCCCUCACCUUGUAGAGAUCUGUGACCAGCUGCAUAAAAAAGGUCUCCUCUUGUUUCUCCGCAAUGACAGCUCUCCGGAGAAGUCUUUCUUAGUGAUUGACCAAGCAACGCUUCUGUCCAGAGUCACUGGGACCGUGUUUGCUCCUAAAAGUUUCCGCCAGCACUGCAAGCUAGCUUCCAGCACUGGAGUAGUGCCUUUGUCGAAAUUCAAGAAAGCAUUCAAUGGCUACGACAUAGAGAUGCUGAUCGCCUACAUGUCUCAUUUAGAGUUGUGUUUCGAAAUUAUUGACAAGCAAGUGUUGCAUUUCAUUUCGAAGGAGAUUGCUUCUUCCACUGACAGAGAUACUUCUGUACCUGAGUCUGACACUCGAUACCUCUUCUUUCCAGGGUUGAUUCGAAUCAACACUCCAGAGCAAGUUUGGAAAGAAGCUCAAAGCAUCAAGUACCUCUUUGGUUGGGUACUCGAAACUUCUCAGAACACGGAGUUUUUUGAUUCACGCUGCCUUCAGGUCCUCAUUCUGAGGAUAGUGUUCAUGUUUCGACUUGCCCCUGCAAGCAGAGUACUAGAUGAUAUUCCUUCCCUGCAGAGAUUCUGCUCUGUGUGGAAGAGUGGGAUCUGCUGGUGCAACGAUGAUGGGAUCACCGCACACCUCGAGCUUGCUGAAAAUGGUCAAUCUCUUGUUCUCAAAUUGCGUUCUGACACAGUUCGACCUGAAGGUCUGAUUCAUCGAUUUAAAAUUAUCAGCACAAUUCGUGAGACUGUUAAAAGUUUUGGCCGCAAUGUGAAUGUGAUUGAAUCGGUCAUUGAUCCAAAUGAAGUUGUCAAGCAUUCUCUGAAAAAUCCCUCUGACCUCCCACUGGUCAACAUUAAAGAUAUUGCAGCAGCUGUCUCCUCCAACAGAAACACAAUCAAAUCAACACAACAAAUUGCCUUUGGCUUCAAGCACCUCUUACAGUUUGAGCCGUACGCUGACCUGGAUCAAACCACCAUGCAGUGUAUCCACAGUGACAAGAAUGCCAAGAAAGAUGAGAAAAUCUGCGGAGCUUUUAUUUCCCUUUUUGCCGGCCAAUUUUCCAACCCCGACAUUGAAGAUCGGGAUCAAGUAGCUCGAAACAGUCGCAUGUACAGAAGAAUUCUGAGCCUUUCUAAUGUCAACAUUCAGUCGGUCAAUCCCAGACAGGAGGUGGUCCAGGCCCUUGAGACGUGGAGGAGUGAGACUGAGGGAACUUACAGCUGUCUGAAGGAGACUUUCAACAAGUACAGCGUCUUCACUGGGAGAAACCCUCUGGACUUAGCUGGUGUGGCUCAUGAUUAUAUUGAUCCCUCGACUGUGUUUAGUAUCAGUGGUGAUGAGCAAAUGGAUCACCAGAUACCCUCUACCCCUACCUUAGCGUCAGGUGAACUCCGUAUUGAUAGAAAUCAAAAGUCAACGAUUAGAGAACACUAUGAUACUGUCUCUGUUGCGAAGACGCCAUCAUCAGAUGAGGGGUCCCUGUCAUCAGAAAGACUCCAAUACUCAGCAGCUCCAGUCCAGAGAUUAGGAGCUACAUCAGCUGGUACUAGGAACAGUCAACUCCAUAGAAGAGGUUCUAGUGAUUUGUCUGCUCUAAGGAAUUACAUUGUAGACACUCCAAUCACUGGACAACUGGAGUACCAAAUGAAGUAUGGAGAUGCUCACAUACAGGAUCCAGGAACUACCAGCCUCCAUGAGUUGAUGGUCAAGCAUGGAGUCACUAACGAGCAGUUGGAUCGAGAGAUUGAACAAGACGACCUUGCUCCAGUAGCUAUGCACUUUGAUAAUGUGGAGCUCUACCUCAACCCACUGAAGUUGACUGACAAUGAAAAAGCUGACGUGAAGAGAGACGCUUUUGUUAGUGGCAAUCUAGUGGCAGUGAUCAACUGUUUGUCAAUCUGGAGGGGUCACGAAGAACCCAGCAAAGCAACCUUUAGAGCACUGAUUAGGAUCUUAUUGGAUCUGAGGAAGGAAGAGCUAGCUACCAGGAUUUGUCAGUAUUUGGCUGAUGGUAACGGUCAAGUUUAUACUCAAAGAGCUGAUAAAUCUGCUGAUUUAAAACCACACAUCAUGUAUGAGGGGUCCCUGUCAUCAGAAAGUCUCCAACACUCAGCAGAUCCAGUCCAUAGACUAGGAGCUACAUCAGCUGAUACUGAGGACAGUCAACUUCAUACUAGAAGAGGUUCUAGUGAUUUGUCUGCUCUAAGGAACAUUGUAGACACUGCAAUCACUGGACAACUGGAGCACCAAAUGAAGUAUGGAGAUGCUCACAUACAGGAUCCAGGGACUACCAGCCUCCAUGAGUUGAUGGUCAAGCAGGGAGUCACUGACGAGCAGUUGGAUCAAAAGAUUGCUCAAGAUGACCUUACUCUAGUAGCUAUGCACUUUGAUAAUGUGGAGCUCUACCUCAACCCAAUGAAGUUGACUGACAAUGAAAAAGCUGGCGUGAAGAGAGACGCUUUUGUUAGUGGCAAUCUAGUGGCAGUGAUCAACUGUUUGUCAAUCUGGAGGGGUCACGAACCCAGCGAAGCAACCUUCAGAGCACUGAUUAGGAUCUUAUUGGAUCUGAGGAAGGAAGAGAUUGCUACCAGGAUUUGUCAGUACUUGGCUGAUGGUAACGGUCAAGUUUAUACUCAAAGAGCUGAUAAAUCUGCUGAUUUAAAACCACACAUCAUGUAUGAGGGGUCCCUGUCAUCAGAAAGUCUCCAACACUCAGCAGAUCCAGUCCAUAGACUAGGAGCUACAUCAGCUGAUACUGAGGACAGUCAACUUCAUACUAGAAGAGGUUCUAGUGAUUUGUCUGCUCUAAGGAACAUUGUAGACACUGCAAUCACUGGACAACUGGAGCACCAAAUGAAGUAUGGAGAUGCUCACAUACAGGAUCCAGGGACUACCAGCCUCCAUGAGUUGAUGGUCAAGCAGGGAGUCACUGACGAGCAGUUGGAUCAAAAGAUUGCUCAAGAUGACCUUACUCUAGUAGCUAUGCACUUUGAUAAUGUGGAGCUCUACCUCAACCCAAUGAAGUUGACUGACAAUGAAAAAGCUGGCGUGAAGAGAGACGCUUUUGUUAGUGGCAAUCUAGUGGCAGUGAUCAACUGUUUGUCAAUCUGGAGGGGUCACGAACCCAGCGAAGCAACCUUCAGAGCACUGAUUAGGAUCUUAUUGGAUCUGAGGAAGGAAGAGAUUGCUACCAGGAUUUGUCAGUACUUGACAUUGAGAGAAGAGCACCAGAUACCUUGUACCUCUACCCCAGGACCACCCGCUAAUCAAGUCACGCUCCAAGAACUAAUAAAACGAUACAGUCUGACUGACGAGCAACUCGACAGUGAAAUAGAGUACUCUGAUACUCCCAAACUGGCCUUAUGUUUCGAUAAUGUGGAACUUUAUUCGAGUGCAAUGGAACUAACUUCUGCUGAAGAAGUUGAUGUGAGAGAAUCGCGUCAUGUAGAUGGCAAUCAAACAGCCAUGAUGAAGUGCUUACAAAUCUGGAAAGAACAUAAUCCUUCUCAAGCAACUUACAGAGCUCUACUAGAUAUCGUACUGGAAUUGGGGAAAGGAGACACAGCUCAUCAAAUCUGUCAACAAUUGACCCAACGUGACAUUGGAGAAGCUGUUGUGGAAGUCACUAACAAAUCUAACGAGUUCAGCAAUUUUGGAAUUAAAAUUACUGUCCUGGAAAAUUCGCUACCUAGAGGUAUCGAUACAUGUGUCCUACACAUAUCCUUUGAGUUAUCCACUGACUUUGAGAUUCCCGCUAACUCUGAACCAGUCAGUUCAAUUUAUCAUGUGAAAUGUGAGCCCAAAGUGCAGUUCAAGAAACCUGUCGUCCUGGAAAUACAACACUGUGCGAGUUUAAGCUCUGACCAUCAACAAAGGCUUGUUUUUGCUCGAGCAACAGAUCAGAGCAAAACGUUUGAGAUCCUGGAGGGUGGUCACUUUCCUAUUGGUGAACGCUAUGGAUCCAUCCAGCUUACUCGUUUCAGUCGCCUCGGUGUUUUUAUUCGUAAAGUAUUUGGCUUUCCAAUCGAGAAAAUAUACAGUGCAUUGCUCUUCAGAAAUAACUUGCACUGUGAUGUAAUUGACACAAAAUGUGUGAUAUGUCAGGAUCUAGACACUCAUAUAAAGGUAAUUAGAGAGGCGUUAGAAAGAGAUGGAUUCACAAAAGAAAUGGAUCUAGAUCAAAUUCAAUUUGAAAAUGCAGUAGAGAUGGAACUGCAUUCAGAGAAUCCAGAGCUUUGGACUGUUACUAGAGUAACAUCCACUCUGUCCAGAGAUCGUAUUGAAGGAUACUCAAGAGUGUUCGAUUCUAAUAGUCGACGCGGAGUUAUUCCAGCCAUCUAUUAUAGAUUUAAGCUGAAGGAAAAAAAUAUUUCUGAAUCAGUAAACUUUCUGCUGACGAAAACCGAUUUAGACGAAGAGAGCCAUCAUCUAAUUUUACAUAUUGACUUACCUCAGACUCUGGGGACGAGUGACUCAGCCACACAGAGAGGAUCAGGGCAUCCAAGAAACCUUACAAGACAGUCGUCCUCCAUUCCAAUUGUUCUGACUGAAGAUGAUAUUCGUUCAAUUUGUGAGAAGCUGAAGAGUGCAAGCAAAGAUUGGUUCAAUUUGGGACUGGAUCUUGGAGUGAAAUUUACUGAUUUGAAGGAUAUCGAAGAUGAAUACCGCAGUAAUAAGCGCUGCCUAACAGAGAUGGUAGGCAAGUGUCUUGAAGUCACUGAUCCAGAACAUCCGAUGACAUGGCCUUACAUAUGUGAAUGCCUGAGGAGUCCUACUGUUGAGCGUAACGAUGUAGCCGAGGAGAUUGAAGGAAGUGUGAGGGGUGUGGUCACUGGCUUGGACUCAUGAACUGAUUACAAAGAUGUUGAACUGUAGCACAAUCAAUAGAAACUUCAGUAAUUGUACGACUCGUGUGCAUGUUGCUAGUGGACUGUAAAAUAGUUGUAUAAUUAUUACAUGUACUUGAUACUGAGCGUCUUCAAUUUAUUCAAAUGUCACAAAUUUGUCAAA